AUGCCUCGAAAGGGAUAUGAUGUAACGGGGUGCGCCCCAGGUACUCCCGCUGCCGAAGCCGCGGCUCGGGCCAAGCAGAGGGCUGCCCCUGGAAACCGCACUCCUCGUGCUGGAACUCCUAUCAAUCCAUCUCACCAUGAUGGAGAUGACCAAGCGACCCCUCGAGCUUCUCGUAUCGGUGUCUUCGCUGGAGAUGUGGCGGCUGGUGGCCCUCCCGCCUACUCCCAGGCGAAUGUAAUGCAGGCUGAGCGAGGAUUUCAGACUCAGCAAUUCCUGCCAAGACAGGAGCUGUUCCAGAACCCUUUGAACGUCAGUUCAUUUCAGGCAGCUAAUGAUUUCAUGUCGAGGCCCAUCAGUGGACCGCAUGGUCAUCCUGUUCCUUUCCAAGCGCAGUCAUCGAUAUUCCCCGGAGUUGCCUCGACAGCUUCUACAGGCCAGAGCGUUGGAUUUGUAAACGCCCCAGCACAGUUCAGUACGGCCGCGUUUGGGACUGCACAGUUCGGAGCCCAGCCGCAGCCGCAACAGUGGAAUCACAACCAGUUCUAUGCUUUGCCCGCCAGCCAGCAUGGAAUCCAGAGUUUUCCCAUGUCCCAUCCCGGUCCAGAGUCGUUUGCCCACUACCCAACGGCUGGAGGAGUUGCGCAGUAUCCGGCACCAAACACCAACGCUGGGAAUUUAGCACCUCAGAGUCACGAUGGGGACACCGAGAUGACGGACACCAAUCGCUGA